AUGGGCAGGGCUCCGUGUUGCGACAAGGCGAAUGUGAAGAAAGGGCCCUGGUCACCCGAGGAGGACCGCAAGCUCAAGGAGUACAUCCACAAGAAUGGCACCGGCGGCAACUGGAUUGCUCUCCCUCACAAAGCAGGGCUGAAGAGGUGCGGCAAGAGCUGCAGGCUGCGGUGGCUCAACUAUCUGAGGCCAAACAUAAAGCAUGGCGACUUCUCUGAUGACGAGGAUAGAAUCAUCUGCAACCUCUUCGCUUCCAUUGGAAGCAGGUGGUCGAUCAUCGCAGCACAGCUCCCUGGGAGGACGGACAACGAUAUCAAGAACUACUGGAACACCAAGCUCAAGAAGAAGCUCAUGCAUGGCCUUCAGGCGCCAUAUUACACCACCCACAACCACCACAGCACUGCCGUGUCAGCAGCAGCGGCGGCGGUGACGUCGCCAGAAGCUGCUCCCAUCAUGUCGCUGCAGCACCUCUCGUUUCCUCAUGAUUAUUCUCACCUCUACAGCGGUGGCGGCAGCUUCGGCCCCAACAACAGCACGACGUCCCUCCUCUCCGCUGCCGCCAGUAGCCGCGGCCUCCUCCUCAACGGCGAGCAGCAGGUGUUGAGAACAUCGCCGCGUUUGGACAGUCGGGGCGGCCAUGACAUUUACUUUGACGAGCCAUGCGCCACCACCAUCAGCAGCAGCGUCGUUCAUGGGCAUGGGCAUGGGUUUGGCGCGGAAACCAUCAUCUUUGGCGGCUUUCAGUUGCAGGAAGAUCAUCAUCACAAGGCAGAGGCACUGCUGCUUGCCUCCGUUGCUUCUAACCAGAUGGAUGAAGAGUACAACUUUGCGGCCUCCUGCUGCUACGACGAGAAGGCGCCGCCGUUGCUUAGUCUGACGGGCGGCGCCGGUGGUACAAGUAGCAGCUUUUUCUACGACAGCACCUACAGCGAGGAGACAGCGACGGCAACGAGGGCUGGUGCCCAAUAA